AUGGAUCUAACGAUUUAUCAGGGUUGCAAUGAGGCCAACAACCUGUGCACGAUGAAAGUCAAGCACGGCGUUGACGAGUGCGGCAUCGAGUGGCAAGACGGCAAGCCCGUGACGAUGUUCAGCGCGGAACAGGCAUUACACAGUAACCCUGCCUCUUGGGGCGACGCAUAUGUCAAAACAUGGUGUUGCUACGAUUGGAGAAGUGUCGCUUGCACAAUAGGUAGGUGCAAGCAAGACUGGUUCGAUACGCCCGACUCAGCAUGCGUGUCCGACAUGUUUACCGGCGACGUGUACUGCGGUCGCUAUACAUUCAAACAUGCAUUCGAUGCGAAUCGAGAGAGUGGAUGA